AUUUCUUCCAAUCCAAACAAAUGUAAAUCCUGGUUCAGGUUGCUGUGUUUACCUUUAGUGUUUACCUGUUUUGUUAUUUAUUUUAUCUAAUUUACUCAUUGUUAACGACAUUAUCAAUUUAAUCAACAAUGCCACGUGAGGGAGUUUCUGGUGAUUCAGGACCAACUUUUGUUGGUAUAAGAUUUUGUCAAGAAUGUAACAACAUGUUGUACCCAAAAGAGGACCGUGAAAACAAAGUGCUUCUGUAUGCUUGUAGAAAUUGUGAUUACAAACAGAUUGCCGAGAACAAUUGUGUUUAUGUGAACAAAAUUACUCAUGACAUUGAUGAACUAUCUCGUAUUGUACCCGAAGUCGUACAUGACCCCACUUUACCCCGUACCAAAGAUCACCCAUGCCCUAAAUGCCACCACAAGGAAGCUGUCUUUUUCCAGGGUCAAUCCAGAAGAGCUGAAGACGACAUGAAACUCUAUUAUGUUUGCACGGAUUCCAAAUGUGCUCACAAGUGGACUGAGUGAAAUUACUUUUGUCAAUGCAUAUUUUUUUUAUUCUGAACAAUCAUCAUCAUUGGUAACAGAUGAAAUAAUGACCAAUCAGUCUUAUGUAAAAAAAUUUCUAACCAAAAAUAUAAUACAUGUGAAAUAAACAUGUUAUUACAAAAUUAA